GGAUCAAGUUCAAUUGAAUUUUAGAAAUCGCAAUAUAUUGCAAAAGUAGUUAAAACUUAAAUUAGAGCUAAAAAUUUUGUCUCUGAUAUAUUCGCGCAACAAAGAAAGUAAAACAAAAAAAUACUCAUACUGCAUUUCGCUUGGCAAGCAGUUGAGAAGACAGUUUCUGAUGGUGAACAUGUCUAGCGCGGUGUUUACAAGCAAUCCAAAAAAUAGUACACCGCUGCAAUACUACAGCAAAGAUAACAAUAGCAGCAACACAGAGCCGUCUCAUCGUCAACUCAGCGCCGCAGUGAAAAUGUUCAAAUAUCAAAAUAUCGCGCCAGCGCCCACGCCAAUGCCUGCGGGGUGCGCAGGCGCUGAGAUUAAGACGCGCAAAUAUACGCCGCGCGCGCCCAGCGCCGGCGGUGGACCCUUUAGCGUCGAUCAAACACAAUCGGUGCAGCGGCGCAAUGCACGCGAGCGUAAUCGCGUUAAGCAGGUGAACAAUAGCUUUGCGCGCCUGCGUCAACACAUCCCACAAACAAUCAUCACCGAUCUGCUGAAGGGCGGCGGUCGUGGGCCGCAUAAGAAGAUAAGCAAAGUGGAUACGCUACGCAUUGCGGUGGAGUACAUUCGCCGUCUGCAAGAUUUGGUGGAUGACUUGAAUGCGGGUAGCGGCGCCACACAAAAGGUGAACAGCUCACGCGCCAGCGGCAGUGGACUAUUGGCAAUCGCUACAGACAACAACACAACCACGAGUAAUAGUUCAUUCUCUAGCAACAGCACUAGCAGCACCAGCAGCAUUCUCAGCUUACUUGCGGCUGAUUCGCCUGCGCGCAAUUCAACAAAUGGCAGCGGACUUGCUGCGGCUGAACAGUUGUACUAUGCCAGUGCUGCUAAUAGCGCUUUGCAAUCUUUCCAACAGCAGCAACAGCAGCAGCAGCAGCAGCAGCAGCAGCAGCAACCUCAGCAACAGUUUACCUCCGCGCUACUCACCGCCGAAGCUUUGCAAGCAUAUUCACCGCAGACAACACAAACGAGGACGCAACUAGAUGCUGGUUGUCCGUCGCCUACCUCGUCCUUCAACUCAAGCAUGUCCUUUGAUUCGGGCACCUUUGUGCACUCGCCUGCGCCACAGCAACAGCUAUCGCCGCUGCAACAAGCGGGAGUGGAUGCGCAGCGCGGCAGCGGUAAUAACAAUGCGAGCGCGCAGAUUGAUGCAAAUUUGCAAUUGAAAUUCGAGCCA